AUGAUGCCUAGACUUGAGUACAAAGAUGAUAAGAAAAGCAAACAGAGUAUUUGGUUGUUUCUUGACCAGUCACUGCAACUCCACAAGGCACCUGUGCUACACAGCUUGUGUAUCAAACUUGGUUCACAAUGUCCUGUUGAUGUUGAAGUCGGCAAAUGGGUUGCAAAGGCCGUUGAUCGCUUUGUGCGUAAGCUAAAGUUUAAGCUUCUCUGGUCCGCAGAUCCAAUCAGCUUACCUAAGAGCCUUUACACAUGUGAAACGCUAGUGAAACUGAAAAUCUCCGACAAGGUUCUCACAGAUUUUCCUUCUUCUCCCGCGUGCCUCCCAUCCCUUAAAAAGCUCAACCUAAUCAAUGUGGUUUAUAAAGACGAUGCUUCUCUCAUUAGGUUCUUGGUUAUAGAUACUCCGGCAGUGAAGUACAUUCACCUCACUAAUUGUUCAAAACAGUAUUGCUUGAUCAAGAACAUGCCUUGUCUUGAUCGUGCAUAUAUAAGUGUUCAUACGUACGCUGAUGACAAGUUGCCAAGAUCUCUUUCGUCCGUCUUGUUUCUUGAGUUGGAUUUGGCUGAUGAAAUGCUUUUGCGUUGUAGCGCUAUCAACUUCUCUCGACUUACAGAGUUAAUAAUUUGUCCGGAUGAAUCAGACUGGUUGGAACCACUCAUGCUUUUACUUGGAAAAUCUCCAAAGCUAAAAAAACUUUCGGUUGAUUAUGGACCAACCGAAAACCCCGAGGAUCUCCCACUUUCAUGGAACGAACCGAGUUCAGUUCCUGGUUGCUUGUCUUCUCAUCUCGAGAUCUUUGAAUGGGUGGAAAAAUAUGGAGGAAGAGUAGAAGAGUUAGGAUUCGUCACGUACAUCCUAGCUAACUCGAAGUGUUUAAAAAGAGCAACAAUCUCCCUAAGGUCUGCAUUCAACCUUGAACAGAAACAAAAGGUGAUGAAGGAAUUGGAUUCAAUUCCUAGAGUUUCCAAGUCAUCUCAGCUUCUUCUCAAAUGA